UGCCCGUGUUGCGUGUGCGCAUGGGGCGCUGGUUUAGAGAAAUUGCGCAAUCUUCAAGCCCACUAAGAUUUUCAUGCAUGUCGUUUAAAGUCAGUGUCUGAAAUCGCCGCUCUGCCCACCAUGUAGAGUUAAAAAAAAAAAAAAAGGAUCUCAGCAGCUUCUUUGUGUGUCGAGCGUUAAGGAUCCAGUUCAGCAUUUCUAUGGAAUCUUAUGGAAAUGCUGGUUUAUGUGGCACAGAUCUAUCAAAAUGUAUAUAUCAGGUUGGCAGCAAUAAUACUUGUUAUUGAACCUUUUCAUUUGGCAUGUAUUCAAGAAGAUCACGACUUUAAUCAGUCCACUUUUUUUUUUUUUCUUUUUUGAGGACGUUAUCUCUAGGUGUCUGGCAGAGGCUGCAGCCAGAAUCUCUCCGGCGCGGAGGAAAUCGGUGAGAGAAGAUCAUUCUGCUGAUCCAAGCACCUUCGGUUAAUAAGGGAAGCACCCGCACCUCUUUGGACGUCUCCCUCCGCCCUUUUGUACCAAUCGCCACCUCACAGCAUCCUACCCGGAGGAGAGGAGUCUGGGAGGGGAAAGCGAGGACACACCCGCGCAUACUGUAAGCGGAGUACAUGGGAAGGAUGCUGCAGACGAGAUGAGGUGAAUAUAAUCGACUGUCCCGAAUUGGAAAUCCAUCUCCCCACCACCUGCGCUGGAGUCUGGAUACCCGUUUGCCGCAGCUGAUCAUAGAUACCCACCUCCCUGACACCAGCUGGAGCGUCCAGCCUCACCCAGCGAGGGAAAAGAUGUCUGUAGCUAGAUCCUAGGUGACACCUUGUGGCCUUCAUGUCUUCACUCUGUUGAGUCCUCACGCUGCCCUGGCCACCACCUGCAGUUCUCAAGACUGCAGGACACUAACAUCCUGAAAGGUGCAGGCGUCUUUGCCCUGCAGAAUGACUGUUGCCGCAGGCGACCCCUCUGACGAGGCAGCUGCACACCCAGGGCACCCUCUGGACUAUAACCCAGAGGCCGACCAUGAAUGCUGUGAGAGGGUGGUCAUUAACAUCUCAGGGUUGCGCUUUGAGACCCAACUCAAGACUCUCUCUCAGUUCCCAGAAACCCUGCUGGGAGACCCCAAAAAGAGGAUGCGCUAUUUUGACCCGCUACGGAACGAGUACUUUUUUGACAGAAACAGACCAAGCUUUGAUGCCAUAUUGUAUUAUUAUCAAUCAGGCGGUCGACUGAGAAGGCCGGUCAACGUCACUCUUGAUAUUUUUUCGGAGGAGAUUCGCUUUUAUGAGCUUGGUGAGGAGGCCAUUGAGAUGUUCAGAGAAGAUGAAGGUUUUAUCAAGGAGGAGGAAAGGCCUCUUCCUGAAAAUGAGUUCCAGAGACAGGUGUGGCUUCUCUUUGAGUACCCAGAGAGCUCAGGUCCUGCUAGGAUUAUUGCCAUAAUUUCCGUCAUGGUCAUCCUUAUAUCUAUUGUCAGUUUCUGCUUGGAGACUCUUCCCAUAUUUCGUAAUGAUGAGGAUGAAAUGCACAAAUCCCAAGCUCAAUUUUUUUCACCUGAGACCAACUCUACAGUAAUUAGCUAUACAUCCAAUUAUUUCACUGACCCCUUCUUUGUCCUAGAAACUCUUUGUAUUAUAUGGUUCUCCUUUGAAUUUUUAGUGCGCUUCUUCGCCUGCCCAAGCAAAGCGGGCUUUUUUGGUAACAUAAUGAACAUAAUUGAUAUUGUUGCCAUCAUUCCUUACUUUAUCACUUUAGGCACCGAGCUAGCAGAUAGGGCAGAGGAUGGUCAGCCAGGUCAACAAGCCAUGUCUUUAGCCAUUCUCAGGGUCAUCCGUUUGGUACGAGUCUUCAGAAUCUUCAAGCUGUCCCGUCACUCCAAGGGGCUUCAAAUUUUAGGUCAGACACUUAAAGCCAGUAUGAGAGAACUCGGCCUCCUCAUAUUCUUCCUUUUCAUAGGGGUCAUCCUGUUUUCAAGUGCAGUUUACUUUGCUGAAGCAGAUGAGCCCGAGUCACAGUUUGAAAGCAUCCCAGAUGCAUUUUGGUGGGCUGUGGUGUCCAUGACAACAGUCGGCUAUGGUGAUAUGGUCCCUACUACAAUUGGUGGAAAGAUUGUGGGCUCCCUCUGUGCCAUUGCAGGUGUGCUGACCAUUGCCUUGCCAGUGCCUGUUAUUGUAUCCAACUUCAACUACUUUUACCAUCGUGAAACUGAAGGCGAGGAGCAGGCUCAGUAUCUGCAGGUCAAUGUGACCAAAGCUGAUUCAGCUGAGGAGCUAAAGAAGAGCCGGAGCGGCUCCACCAUCAGUAAAUCAGACUAUAUGGAGAUUCAGGAGGCUGUCAACAACAGCAAUGAGGACUUUCAGGAGGAGAACCUUAAAACAGCCAACUGUACACUCGCCAACACAAACUAUGUUAACAUCACCAAAAUGCUCACAGAUGUGUAGCCUACAUGCGUUCCUCCCACUCACAGUGGGAAAUAUGAAACUUUACAGCUGGAUGGGACACAAAUAUAAACCGUACCACAAGAGUGAUGGGAAAUUAAGACAGCAGAAUACAGAAUAUCAGUGACGAUUGAGUGAAAAAUAAUUUAAAUGCCAUUUCUUCCCUUUGCACCAGUGAAGUCUUACUUUAAUUAUCUUGUUUAAGUUUCUACAUUUUUUUAUUUGCUGCAUGAAGUUUUCAAUGUCUGAUCAGCUGCUAUAAAAAUUGACAAUAUCUAAAACUGUCCUGCUUACCACUGUAGAUAGUAGCUGUACACGCAGGAAAAAUACAAAAGCCAACCCAAACCUAAAGCUUUUGAGCCCUGCUCAUUUAUCCGUCAUCCCCGAUGGCAACCACCUGUGCGCACUUUCUAAGGGUCUGUUGUGAACUACAUAUGCUGUUUUAUGGAGCUAAUGAAACAAAACCGUUCUACAGUAUGCUUCAAUAUUUAGAGAUAAAAGGAUGGGAGCAAAUAUUAAGCCCAUUCCAAAGCUUAUAUGGCCUCUGGGUGACUUUUGACGAGGCUGAUGGUUAAGUACACCAUGUUAGGGAUGUAUGACAGCCAUCAGCUCUAAGCUUAUGGUUUGACACCCUUUUCCCCUGCAGACAUCAGUAUCUGAUGAAUGACUGACAAUGGCCUUGAAUUUUCACUGCUUUUGUCUUAUAUUUACUGUAUGUAUUGCAAUGCAAGAAUUCCCAACUCCAUUCACCCAAACUGGUCUUAGUGCAGAGCUUUGAGACAUAAUGAAUGUUUCUACUUGUUAAGUAUUUCACUGUUUCACUCUUAUAGUGUGUAUCCAUAUAGAUAGGUAGCUUAACUGUGACUUAACUGAUAUCUGAUUGGUACAGUAGGUAAGAAGAAACUCUAGUUAGUAGAUUACUGCAUGACCUUUUUAUCUCAAUGAGAAGUUUCUAGUUUCUCGACUGCCACUUGCUUCACCUAGCCACUGUAUAUUUGUCUGUUCACUGCCUUCACAUUUUUAAAGGAUGCCUGCAGGUAGCUAUUUACCUAAAACUGUAGGUUUAAGAACUUUUAACUGGUUAAUAAUGAGUUCAUUUUCUACAGAUAACAAGAAUCUUAUAGAUAUUUACAUUCCAGAAAUUAAAUUAUUGCCAGGCUGCUGUAAACUGAGCUGUAAUUGGAGACAUAAACUCACAUCCUGCUUUUGCAUCUAUUCAGAGUUUAAUGUCCUGCAGCUGUGUCUGUUUCACAGGUGCGUCCAUAUCAAAGUAGCAACUACUAAGGAGUUGUGUUUUUUAAACUAAUGCUUUACCUGCCUAUUGUCUGGGUUUAUGCCGUUCACCUGGUGUUGCAUGACCUUGAAACAUUUAUAGCAUGCAUGUAAGCUAAAAAAAGGAAGAAACUAAAAGAAUACAAUAAAAGAAAGCAAUAGUUAUAUUUAUUAGUAAUAUAUAUAAAACAAUAUAUCUUUAAAUACAGAUCACAUAUAUAGCACACAAAUUUUUUUAUCUGAGAUCCUAAAACAAAAGUAAGCAUAAGAUUUUGAACAGUGUGCAGCUCUUACAAGGUUAUUUUAAAAAUAGCAGUUAUUCCUUUUCUGAGUGCCAAAGACACUCUCCCUUGGCAUCUUAGGAAGUUUUCUUGCCUGAAAAGGUUUUAGGAAAAAUGACACAUAACGUUUAUCUUAACUGAGACAUAUGUCUCAUUUAACCCCCCUCCAUAAAGCAACUGUUCACCACCAGGUAUCUUUAAACUCUAAGCUGACUUUCUUAUCAUAAAACCUUUAUAAUAUUGGCUCCUUCAUAAUAUCGGUGAGGUCUAAAUGUCCCUUAAAACAUCUCUUAUGCCACAAGAUUAAUACACUGUUUCCUUAAAGGUUGGCCAAGGCCAGGAGUAAAGUUCUCAGACUGCGCACAGCUAAGACUUCCCACAGUUCGCUAAACACUGCCAAGGUAACAGUCAAAGGCAGUAACAUCAGUAUGGGAGGUGAUAAUUAGCAGCAGUGCAGUAGACAUUGUCUGAUCUAAUUAUGGUCCGACUAAGCCCCUACUGUAUAUCUCUUUGUCAUUAUACUUUUUUUUAAAGAUGUUCAGCACAGUUACAAGAGAUUAUUGCUGAGGAGAUGGUGUGUAGCAUGAACUGUACUGAUGGGUUCUUUAAAUGCAGGAUUAAUAACUUAUUGAAAGGGUUUUUCUUUUCGUUACUACAGUCUCAGCCUGCAGUAGCAGAAUAUAUCAACACCAACGCUGCCAAUAUAUACUCAGGAUGCAUCAUCCAACUGCCUGACUUGAGGCUAUAGUUGUCUCUGUCCAAAUUAUGGGUUUUAAAAGAUUUGUUUUUAAUCUAAUUUUGUGAGCAAUUCUAGGCAAAUAUAGAUAUUAAAAUACUGCUUACUGCUUAAGUAGCUUUUUCUUAGCAAUACGCUCAUUCUACCUUAGUGGACCACUGUAUCAUAUAAAUGAAUGGUUCUCUAAGGAAAUAUUUAUUCAAAUAGACCUCUCCCAUUCUGUUGAAAUCUAUUUUUCCUGGUUACUGUUUUAGGCAUACCAAUGCUCUAGGAGCAGGAAUGUACACAUGUAACAGGCAGUGAGAAAAACCCUGGAUGUCAAUAUCAUAGUCUGGUUCUAUAGUUCCAUUUAUGAAACCGCAAUUUGCAUAUAUGUAUAUGUUGGGAGAAACUCACAGUCUGACCAAAAAUAUUUGUCUAUGUAUGCAAAUGCAUCAUAUUUUCUGUCUUCAUUUGUUUUCUGUAUGACACUAUGAUCAGUGUUUGCACCUUAACAUUUACCUGUACUGUCAUAGGUGUGUUACUGUGCUUCAGCCUGACUCACUGUAGCAACUCAUGCACUGAAAACCACAACAUAGUUGUUGAACAUCCUCAAUAAUUUCAGCUUAAAGCACAAAAACAAGAAUACAGUUGAUUUUGGAAUAUUUUGUUUCCCAAACACUGAGGGAGCCACCAGCAAACCCAAUGAGUAGAGUGAACUGCAGUGAAUAUGCCGAAAGAUCUAUGCAGAGAUUGAUUAUAAGCUUGUAGUUUAUAUGAAAAUGGAAGGUUUGAGUAAAGAUGUAUUUAAUGUUUUAGCCUCCAUCAUUCCCUGCUGAUUCAAAGAGCUGACUGAGCUUUUUAGAAGGAAACCAGUAGACGUGGCUAAAGCUUAACUGAAGGGAGAAAUUUAACUCCUUGGGUUUGUUUGAACUUCCAUGUCAGCUCUUUGCAGCAAGGCCACCCCAAUACAUCUCAACCAUACGAGAAGCAAGAUGACCAAUAUGCAAACUGUGUACAAAAGUGUGUGUUUGAGAAUCAUUGUCCUUUCUUUUUUCUUUUCAACCCAGAGCCUGAUAGUAUGACAUCCACUAAAAACAACAUGUACAGCUGUUCACCUCACCUCUGCUCUCCUGUAUCAUAGAGGCCAACAAUGCUGAUACAGUGGAUAUGAUUUUUCUUUCUGUGAAAUGAAAUGUAGAACAAUAUUGUAAAUAAUUAUGAAGAAUAAUUGAGAAAGAACACAUGUACUACAUAUUGUAUGUAACGUUUGGAUUUAAAAGUAGUAUUACCUGCACUUUACAACAAAAAGGACAAUCUACGCUCAAAAAACAUGUAAAACAAGACAUAAGUAUACUUCCAAAUGAUCAUAACCAAUAACAAGUAAAAUCAAUAAUGAAACCAAUAAUUAAUCAACUGAAA